UAGAUCAAAGCUUCUUCUAGUUUUAACUCAGAAUUCCGAUUGAAACACACAACAUCCGAUCGGUUAGCCAUGUUCAAGCAAACCUUCUCCGACUUGACCAAGUUGCCAAAGCAGAAGGUUCGCCAAUGGUUGUCCUCCUUUGAGUCCGUGAUCUGCGAUGCAGACGGAGUCCUUUGGCAUUUCUCAAAAGCAAUCGAGGGGUCGGUGGAUACCUUCAACUUGAUGAAGUCCACUGGCCGAAAGGUCUUCAUUGUAUCAAACAACUCGGAAAUGUCCAGGAUGGAAAUGGCCAAAAAGGCAAAUGAUUUUGGAUUUGAGGUUGAGGAAGAUUCUAUUCUGACCUCGUCCUUUGCAUGUGCCAACUUUCUGGCCGUCAAGAAGUUCCAGAAGAAGGCGUUCGUCAUGGGCGAGAAAGGAAUGCACGUGGAAUUGCAAAAUCUUGGCAUAUGCUCCAUGGAAGUGGCCGAGAAACUGGAGAAGCCCAUGCACGAGUUCGUAGCUGAACUAAAACUGGAUCCUGAUGUGGGGGCUGUGGUUAUGGGUCGGGAUGAGAGCUUCAACAUGGCCAAGCUGGCGCGUGCCGGAACCUAUUUGCUGAAUCCCAGAAUAAUGUUUCUGGGCACUUGUUUGGAUGCCGCCUAUCCCAUUGGCAAUAACCGGGUGAUGGUAGGUGCUGGGGCUGGAUUGGCGGCCAUGAAAGCCCUUACAGGACGGUGUCCUUUGGUGUUGGGAAAACCCAAUCCCUGGAUGGCGGCUCCACUCGUUCAGGCCGGCAUCAUCAAGCCGGAAACCACAUUGAUGGUGGGCGACACACUCGGUACGGAUAUCCACUUCUCGGCAAACUGUGGCUUCCAGUCGUUGAUGGUCGGAAGUGGCGUUAAUACCAAGAAGGACGUGCAGAAGAUCAUUGAGGAGGGCAACCCGAAAAAGAUGUACCUGGUGCCGGAUACCUACCUUCCCAGUCUUGGACACCUACAGGAGUUCCUCUGCUAAACCGCAUACAAAUUGUAAAUUAUCAUUGCCAACGUUUUCUGCAUAAAAUCAAUACCACAAAA